ACUUAGUGUCUGGUGAAUUCCUUUGUCCGUACCCUUCAACCGUUUCAUGUAUAUAAAUUACACUAGCUCAUACACCGGUAUAUUAUAUUAAUAUAUAUAGAGAGAGAGACAGAGGGAGAAGAGAGAGAUAUAUAGAGCGCUCAAGGUCACAACAAGGAGGAGGAAGAUAAAAGAGAAAGACAGAAUACAAAGUUCUUGGCCAUGGCAGAGGAGUUUCAGACCGGGAUUUGCGGCGGGAACUGGUGCAGCUUGUCGACUAGUGUGUUCAUGGGUGGCUCAUCACCUUGCUCUACGGGGAUUAACGCAAAUGACAUGGGAACAUAUGGAUCAUGGAUGGAGCCAAGAUCAUGCAAGCUCGAUUCCAAUAAUAUUAGUAAUAAUAGUAAUUCACUCUCUGAGGGCUCAGUUAUUUUGCAAGAUUCGCAAAAGCCUCAGCAGACUGAUUCUGAUAGCGCUGGUAGUAGUAUUUUGAUGGAUUCCACCUUGCAAAUGAUGGGUUUUGGGUUAUCAUCUUCAUCAUCAUCCUCAUCAGAUUGGAGCCAAACUUUACUUCGAGGAAAUGGAAGAGCUGAGAAUUACAAUUCCAUACUGCAAGAAGAAAUGAAUUCUUCGGGGAUAAACACUUGUUCUCAAAUCCGAAAAGAUUGGAGUCCAAAGAGCUUUACUAGUACGGGGGAAGAUUCAGCCAUUAACGCCUUUAAAGCAAUAAAUCAAGAUUUCUCUUUAGAGCAACAAAGGCUAAAUCCUUUAAGCAGCCCCGGGAAUUCUACAGCAGCAACUUGCCAGGGCUUAUCCACAGGAUUUUCAAUGGGGUCAGCAUCUUAUGGCUACCCUUCAGCAUUGAUACAAAGUUUAUUUGACCCUGAUCCUCAGCCACAGCAAUCUCUUUUCAACAACCGGAACAUGAACUAUUCAUCCCCUUCAAAUUAUGGGAACAUCUUGAAUGAACUAUCCCCUUCUUGGCCUAAACUUGCUCCUUUUCUAAAACCAUCAUUGCCAAAGCAGCAGCAGCUCCCUGCAGGUGGCUUACACUUCUCUAACAAUACACCCUUUUGGAAUGCCUCAGCAACUGCUCUAAAUGAUAUUGGAGCCAGUUUUAUACCCUCUUCUCAACCUCAAUUUCUUGUGCCAACUUUUGAUGAGAAACCCAGUUGUCCCAACUUCAACCCAAAGACUAACAAUGAAGAAGUUCGAGAUUCAGGAUCAGUGGUUAAGAAAGGAAGUGAACCAGCAUUCAAAAGGCCUCGAAUUGAAACGCCAUCGCCGUUACCAACUUUUAAGGUCCGGAAAGAGAAGCUUGGGGACCGAAUAACUGCCCUUCAGCAAUUGGUUUCACCUUUUGGAAAGACUGAUACUGCAUCUGUUCUCCAUGAAGCCAUCGAGUAUAUCAAGUUCCUCCACGAUCAAGUCAGCGUUUUAAGUACUCCAUAUAUGAAAAAUGGCAGUCCCAUUCAACAUCAUCAGGGUGCUGAAAAUUUGAAUGACCCAGAAGGGUCAAAAGAUCUAAAAAGCCGAGGACUGUGUCUUGUGCCUAUCUCAAGCACAUUCCCAGUAGCCAAUGAGACCACAGCAGAUUUCUGGACGCCAACAUUUGGAGGUACUUUCAGGUAGAGAGAGAGAGAGAAAGAGAGAGAUGAACAAAAUUAAAGAGUUUGAAACCCUAUUGGAAUUGGUUUUCUACAUAUCUAGUAUAGUAUCAUUUCAACCAAUAUGGGAUUGAUAACUUCAAUACAAAAGAGAAGAUUAUUAGGAGCUCAAUUGUUGUGCUAGCUGUACCAGUCUUGAGCGGAAAGCUAAAGAAAACAAAGAAAAAAGAGAAAAAGAAGAGAGGUAAAGAAAAGGAAAUCACCCUUCAAAGAUGGACAGGCAAUGCUGGGACAGCUGCAAGCAGAAUGAUGUAGGGCUAGCAAAUGAUUAGUGACUCUUAAAGAUAAAUAUAUAAAUAUAUUUUUAUAUAGAUUUUGUAUCCCAAGUAUUAUUUAUAUUAUGUAUAGGUAAUUAAGAGGUGGGUUAAGCACAGGAACAAGUGUUAAAUUUAGCUUAAAAAAAUUAACAUUUAUAGUUAAUUGAGAGCUGAAUUUAGCAGAUGGGGCAACAAUAUUAAUAAUAAUAGUUGCCUUUUGUUCCUGUGGAUCUGGCACACCACCACCUUUUAAUUUUUAUUCAAGAAAAAGAAAAAAAAAUUAUAAUUGUACUGAUUGGAUUCUAAUUCAAAAAUAUAAGUGAGUGGAGCUCAUUCGAUUGCUGUUAUAA